UGAUAACUCUUCAAAAUAAUAUCCACUGUUUUUGAUGAGACGUUGUAAUAUCAUUUAAACUCACGGUGUCACUAUAGACCCGUUUUGGAUUUAAAUGUUCUUCAACUGCUUUUGCACACCACACAUCGUCGGGCUGGACCUAUCUUUUAUAAUACGUGAAUCUGAGGACAAGCGCGGUAGAGAACCUUAUUAGGAAAUACAUUAACCCUCAUUCAAAGAAGACGUAGCUUUUGUAGACCAACUUGAAGACGAUGCAUAAACGACGGUAUCUAGAAUGGCACGGCCUUAUUUUUUUCUUUGUUCUGCUGCAAUACUCCCAUUGCGAUCUGACCUAUUCCGUCCAGGAGGAACUGAAACGCGGAUCUGUCAUUGGAAAUAUCGCUCAAGAUCUGAAGCUGGACUUGGGAAGACUAUAUGCUCGUAAAAUACGGGUCAAGGUUGAAGGAAGCGAAAAAGAGAUAAUCGGAAUUAAUCUGAGAAACGGAGAUUUAUUUGUCACGGGAAGAAUAGACAGAGAGGAACAGUGUGGAGAAAACCCAACGUGUAUUCUGAAAUACGACCUCCUUAUGGAAAAUCCUCUCGAACUACAUCGCUUGUCUCUGCAAGUACUAGACAUAAAUGACAAUCAACCGAUCUUUCCAAAGGAUAUUUUUAAGCUGGAAAUCAGGGAGUCAACCGACAAAGGAGCUAGGUAUCGCAUUAAUGCUGCGCACGAUGCUGACAUAGGCCAGAACACUGUUCAAAGCUACAUCCUGCAGCAAAACCCCAAUUUUGUGCUUAACAUUCAGACGAGCCCUGGGAGAAAAUAUGGUGAGCUGGUUUUAGAUAAAGAAUCUGACAGCAUGAAACAGAACCUGAUUGUUGCAGUGAAAGAUAAUGGACAGCCCUCUCUGUCUGCCACCUGUGCCAUGUUUUUACUUAUUUCUGAUAACUUGGCUGAAGUUCCUGAACUGAAGGAUAUUUCGCAUGAUGAGAACAACUCCAAACUCACUUCGUAUCUGAUCAUCGCAUUGGUUUCUGUGUCCACCUUCUUUCUGACUUUCAUUAUCAUCAUCCUGGGUGUGAGGUUUUGUCGCAGGAGAAAGCCCAGACUGUUGUUUGAUGGAGCAGUAGCCAUACCUGGAGCUUAUCUUCCUCCUAAUUACUCGGAUGUAGACGGCACAGGAACUUUACGCAGCACCUACAAUUAUGACGCCUACCUGACAACAGGAUCUAGAACCAGUGACUUUAAGUUUGUAUCGUCUUACAAUGACAACACGCUGCCUGCUGACCAGACUCUGAAGAAAAGUCCGACAGAGUUUGCCGAUGUGUUCCGAGACAACAAGGACUUUCCGGAGGUAAAACAAAAAUAUAUAUGUUUCGUUUUCCUCCCUAAUAACUUCAUGGGAGAACUGACCUAUUCCGUUCAAGAGGAGCUGAAGCACGGAUCUGUCAUCGCAAAUGUUGCCAGGGAUUUAGGACUGGAAUCGCAAGGAAUCGAUGCUCGUAAAGCCCGUGUAGAAAUGGAAGGAAGCGAGAAGGAGUACAUCAGA